AUGCAGACCGGACUGCCCCGAUGCCCCGCUCGCCGCGACGACUUCGAGGUCGCCAUCAUCUGCGCGCUGACGUGCGAGCGCAAUGCCGUCGAGGCUGCAUUCGACAAGUUCUGGGACGAAGACGGCGAUCGAUACGGCCGUGCCAAUGGCGACCCUAACCACUACAUCACUGGCCGCAUGGGAGCCUACAACAUCGUCCUGGCUCAGUUGCCACACAUGGGCAAUUCAAACGCUGCGAGUGCCGCUGCAAGCAUGCGGUCGAGCUACGUUAACAUUCGACUCGCACUCGUCGUUGGCGUGUGUGGCGGUAUGCCUCAUAAUGCGAAUGGCCAUAGUGUCUUUUUAGGCGACGUUAUUAUCAGCAAGAGCGUGGUGCAGUACGACUUCGGCAGGCAGCACCACAAUAAGUUUGUGCGCAAGGACAGCGUCGAAGAUAACCUCGGUCGGGCGAAUAAAGAUAUCCGAAAUCUAGUAGCAGUCUUCGAAUCAGACCGUGGGCUCGACUGGGUGGAGGAACGAUCCGCACAACUCCUACAGAAAUUACAGCAAAACCUGCCCCGAAAGCGGUCCGGGAACUGCCUAGAGCCUAGGGCCCCACGCUUCACACAAUCCCCUGCCGCCCAUAUAGGGGUCGUCGCCUCGGGUAACUUAGUCCUUAGGUCGGCUACCCAUCGGAACAAAAUCUUCCAGGAGACCAAGGCGAUCGCGUUUGAGAUGGAGGGAGCGGGCGUUUGGGAUGAGGUUCCCUGCAUCGUGAUCAAAGGGGUGUGCGACUACGCGGACAGCCACAAGCAUAAGGGCUGGCAGGAUUAUGCGGCAGCCACGGCCGCUUCCGUCGCUAAAGCCGUCCUUGAGCGCUAUCUACAAACAGACAAAGCCGUUCAGCUAUCAUCCUACCAAGGCGGAUUACACAUCGCCCAUCACGGAUCUAGCCCACAAAAUAUCCAUGCUAGCAGCGGCACACAGAACAACAAUACCAACGCAGGUCAACAGAGUUUCCUCGGCACAGCCAAUGUUGCUACUCAAGAAGAAACUACCGGUAGGAAAACUAUCCACCAGGACAGGAGGGAAGAUUGUCUGCACUCGCUGGCCUAUGCCCAACUCGGCGCCCGCCGGCACGAAAUCGAGCCGGCUCUCGCUGGCACCUGCGACUGGCUCUUCGCCACCCCCGAGUUCCGCGAGUGGUGCCGCCGCGACCGCCUCGCCGACCACCACGGCGUGCUCUGGCUCAAGGGCAAGCCCGGCGCCGGCAAGUCCACGCUAAUGAAGCAUGCCCUCCACUACUGCCAGCACCACUUCCCCGACCACUUGAUCGCCGCGUACUUCUUCCAUGCGCGGGGCGACGCGCUUGAGAAGUCGCCCCUAGGUAUGCUCCGGUCGAUCAUCUACGAGCUUGUCAAGCACGACGACACCGUCUGCAGACUCUUUGUGCCGCGCUACGAUGAUAAGAAGCGCCUGAGCGGAGGCGAGACAAAGGCGGGAGACCGUAUUACGGGACUUAAAAGGCUAUUUGAUUGGUCAUUUUCCGAGCUCCGCGACUUUCUUAUUGAGGUGAUCAGAUGGCAAGGGACGCAAAACGGAGGAGCGGUAAGGCGGCCGUUACUCUUGCUAGUCGAUGCCCUUGAUGAGUGCUCUGACGAUGGCGUUCGUACUGUCGUGAAAAUGCUCGAGACGCUGAGUGGCUGCGCCGCGCAGGCGAACGUCACGCUCCGGGUCUGUCUGUCGAGCCGUCACUACCCUACAAUCACAAUACAGAAGCACCUACCGCUCUACGUGGAUAACGCAGACGGGCAUAGCCAGGACAUUGCCGCCUAUAUCAGCGAUACGCUUGCAGGAGACAUCGCGGAACUUCAGGCUGAGGUUCAGCGUAGGGCAGAUGGCGUCUUCCUAUGGGUGAUGCUAGUGGUUGAGCAACUUAACAUAGCGUAUGACGAUGGUGAUAUCGAGGCAAUGUGGACGACCCUUCAGUCUGUGCCAGAUAAUAUCGAGAAGAUUUUCGAGGCUCUAGUGGGCCGGGAAGGGGGAAAGCGAGAGGAGACAGUGCUGGCGCUACAGUGGGUAUUGUUGAGCCAGCGGCCACUCUUCCUCGACGAGCUCUACCAUGCUAUAACAUGGGCUACAGGCAAAAAGCAGGCGGCGAUACAGCAACGGCCGACGUUGGAUGAUAUGCGUCGACGUAUUAUUUCAGCCUCGCGAGGCCUUAUUGAAGUGCGAAAGCCGAAUAGUGAAGAUUUAAGGAGCGACGAUGAGCAGCGAUUUCAGGUCCAGUUCAUCCACCUAUCCGUCAACGACUUCCUCUUCCGCCAGGGCCGGCUCGGCCAGCUCGACCCGACUCUCGGUCCCGACCCCGUCAGCGCGACUCAUGGCCGGAUUUGGGCUAUCUGCUGGCGCUACAUGGAGCAAUAUAUUGCACGGGAUCACAACGAUCCACUCCAACGACGGCCAAGCGCAGAGUCGGUCACCAAGAUCCAGCAUGACUACCCGUUUCUCGGCUAUACCACCCGUUAUAUCUUUGCCCAUGCGGACAAGGCAGUGGCACGUCCUAUCAAUAUAGGAGGUGCAGGAGACGCGGGGCUGGCGGCCAGAGCGGAUUUGCAAGAGGCAUUGGUCUCAUGGCUCGAGAAGCAGGCGACGGGGCUCGAAUGGUGGGUGGGGUUCGUCCGGGCUACUGCGGGCGACUAUGAGACGAGGGAGAACGUGGAUGCAGACCUUCUCUAUAUCUUGUCUUUCGGAGGCUAUAGCAAUCUGUCGCGGAUUGUGCUAGCGACGGAGCAGCUUCGGAGCAAGACUGAUCUUAACGCCCAGGUCCAGGUCGGCUACUACGGGACGGCGCUCUGUGCGGCGGCGUGGAGUGGCGACACAGAAACGGUACAGACCCUGCUGGCGGCCGGGGCCGAUGUGCAUCUCCAGGCCCAGGUCGGCCACUACGGGACGGCGCUCUGUGCGGCGGCGGCGGAAGGGGAGAUAGAGACGGUACAGGCCCUGAUCGCGGCCGGGGCCGAUGUGCAUCUCCAGGCCCAGGUCGGCUACUCCGGGACGGCACUCUGUGCGGCGGCGGCAAGAGGAUCGACAGAGACGGUACAGACCCUGCUGGCGGCCGGGGCCGAUGUGCAUCUCCAGGCCCAGGUCGGCUACUACGGGACGGCACUCUGUGCGGCGGCGGCGAGAGGAUCGACAGAGACGGUACAGACCCUGCUGGCGGCCGGGGCCGAUGUGCAUCUCCAGGCCCAGGUCGGCUACUCCGGGACGGCGCUCUGUGCGGCGGCGGCGGGAGGAUCGAAAAAGAUAGUACGAAUCCUGCUGGCGGCCGGGGCCGAUGUGCAUCUCCAGGCCCAGGUCGGCGACUACGGGACGGCGCUCUGUGCGGCGGCGGCGAGUGGCGACACAGAAACGGUACAGACCCUGCUGGCGGCCGGGGCCGAUGUAAAUCUCCAGGUCCAGGUCGGCUACUCCGGGACGGCACUCUGUGCGGCGGCGGCAAGAGGAUCGACAGAGACGGUACAGACCCUGCUAGCGGCCGGGGCCGAUGUGCAUCUCCAGGCCCAGGUCGGCGAUUAUGGGACGGCGCUCUGUGCGGCGCAGAAGAUCGGGCAUCGCGACAUCGAGCAGCUGCUACUUGAGGCCAGAGCUCGUGCCUAUAGCCCGAGUCUAGCCUGGACGAAUACGCCGAGAGAGCUGAGGCCCUAG